CUGUAAUUUCUAUAAAGACAUGCGACUGUGCGACACGUCAAAAAUGUAGUUUGUGUUUCUAGGACAACGACUAGUUGUCGUUGCAAUCGCAUGAAAUCUGUCGACAUCAUAUAAGAUAAGUUGUUGAUGCUUCAUAAUGCUGCUCUGCGACAUAGUCAUGCUUAUCGUGACCAUAUCAGUGGUGGUGAUAGGGGCUCUAAUGGCCCUUAUGGUAGGGUUAGUAUUGCCCGACUACGACUUGACCUUUGCUGGAGAGAGUGGGGACAACAAGAGCAUGACCGAUGACUUCGAUUAUCUAGAGGCCAGAAGCGGUAAGAAAAUAACAUUACCCGACUUUAUAAGGAAGCGGAAUGAAGCGAGGAAAUUCAUAGGGAGAGAAGACUUUCCUUGGGCGGUGUCCGUGCACAUGACUAGAUUCAAAGAUGAGCCUUGGAGCGAUCGUUUCCUCUCUUUUGGCGUCAUCAUCUCAAGAACUUUCGUUUUGACCGGCGACGAUUGUGUCCGUUUUCCUUUCAAUGAAAAGGAUCUUAGUAGAGCUGUAGUGAAAUUUGACUCCAUGACGUGGGUAGGAGGUCGGAAAGUACGAUACGUGGUAGAUCACUUCCGCAUGAAUGUAUCAGAACAUUGUGCACACUGUAAAUUGUUGGUUCUCCAAGUGGAAUCGCCGUUUCCAGUCAGUGUGGAUCCAUUGCAUUUACUUGAACAUGGACAGUUACAUCAGUCUGCAAAGGCGAGAUUUUUGGGAUGGGGAACAGAUGAGGACUCCAGAGAGAAUAUUUUGAAAUAUGACUUAUUAUUCGACGAGACUCAUCAUCGUGUAGACCCAUUCGUCGACAUGGUUUUGUGCAGGGAUCUCGGAAAUAGCAUAAGCAUACAUGCAAAAGACCUAUGCAAACAGGAAUCCGUCUUGACAUUUGAAAUUUGCGAAGCUUGCAGCAUCAAUGGCCGACCACUCAUUGUCUAUGCUUAUAAACAUUAUUACUUAUUGGGUAUGGAGAUCAAUAAGGCAACCGAGCAAGACGGUGCAAGAAGAAACAAGUUUUAUAGACAGUUUUUAGAUCUUAGAGAUAUGAAGUUCAUGACAUGGUUGAUAGGACAAACUAAAAUUAAAUUAGAACAUAAUAUAUUGAAUCUUCCGGAAAAAACAUCAGAAAUUCGUUUUAUGACACAAACACGAAUGGGAUACUUUAUUAUUCAUCGAAAAAUUAUCAAUUCAUUCUAUAACAUGACAAAUCUGAACGAUACAGAAAUCUAAUUCAAUCAGUAUUUGGUUAAAUUAAAAUGGAAUUGAAUUAUUGAAAUAUACUAAGGAGAAUGUUGAA